UUGUCCCCUCUGUGUUGUCCCCCCGGCCGAGAUGAGGCAGAGCCCCCCCGAGAGGAGCUUGGGCCAGGGCGUGGUGGCACCAUGAGCCCCCCGGUCCCGGUCCCCGUCCCCGCCGGCAGGAUGCUGCUCGCCCUGGCCCUGGCCUGCGCCAGCCCCUUCCUGGAGCCGCCGGCGGCGCCGCGCCGCACGCUCAACGUGGCCGUGAUCCUCAGCGGGGCCUCUUACGGCCCCGCCGGGCCCCGCCUGGCGCCCGGAACCUUCCGGAACUUCUCCUUGGACGUGAACCCGGUGGGGGUGGUGCUGAACGACACCAACCCGCGCAGCCUGAUCGUGCGGCUGUGCGACGUGCUGAGCUCGCUGCGCAUCCACGGCGUCGUCUUCGAGGACGACACGCGCUCCGAGGCCGUGGCGCAGAUCCUGGACUUCAUCUCGGCCCAGACCUCCGUGCCCAUCAUUGGCGUCAACGGCGGCUCCGCCAUCGUCCUCACGCCCAAGGAGAAGGGCUCCACCUUCCUGCAGCUGGGCUCCUCCACGGAGCAGCAGCUCCAGGUGAUCUUCGAGGUGCUGGAGGAGUACGACUGGACGGCCUUCGCCGUGGUCACCACGCUGCUGCCGGGCUACGAGGACUUCGUGGACUACGUGGAGGUGCUGACCGACAGCAGCUUCAUCGGCUGGGAGCACCGCGGCGUGGUCACCCUGAACCUCACCGACGACCCCGAGGGCGCCCGGACGCGCCGGCAGCUGCGCGAGGUCUCGGCGCAGAUCCGGCUGCUCUACUGCUCGCGCGACGAGGCCGAGGCCGUGUUCCGCGCCGCGCGCGACGCCGGCCUCACCGGGCCCGGCUACAUCUGGUUCGUGGUGGGCACCAACCUGGGGGGAAGCGAGCAGCUGCCCGAGCACGUGCCCGCCGGGCUGUUCGCCGUGCUGUCGGCCGGCUGGCGCGACGACCUGCAGCACCGCGUGCACAACGGCGUGGCCAUCGUGGCCAAGGGCGCCGAGGCGCUGCUGCGCGACUACGGCUUCAUCCCCGAGUUCAACAACGACUGCCGCGCGCCCAACGUCACCCAGAUCAACGACAACCUGCACAGGUACUUCAUGAACAUCACGUGGGGAGAGAAGGAUUUCUCCUUCAACGAGGACGGGUACCUGGUGAACCCCUCGCUGGUCGUCAUCUCCCUCAACAAGGAGCGCACCUGGGAGGUGGUGGGCAGCUGGGAGCAGCAGGUGCUGAGGCUCAAGUACCCGGUGUGGUCGCGCUACGGGCGGUUCCUGCAGCCCGUGGAGGACGGGCGGCACCUGACGGUGGCCACGCUGGAGGAACGUCCCUUUGUCAUCGUGGAGAACAUCGACCCCGCCACCGGCACCUGCAUCCGCGACUCCGUGCCCUGCCGGCGCCAGCUCAACCGCACCGCCAGCCCCCCGCCCUUUGAGAAGAAGUGCUGCAAAGGUUUCUGCAUCGACAUCCUGAAGCGCCUGGCGCGGGCCCUGGGCUUCACCUACGACCUCUACCUGGUCACCAACGGCAAGCACGGCAAGAAGAUCGACGGCGUCUGGAACGGCAUGGUGGGCGAGAGACCCCAAAAACCCCAAUUGGGAUCACCCAAUCCCAACUGGGAUCUCCCAAUCCCAACUGGGAUCAGCGUGAUGGUGUCCAGGAGCAACGGCACCGUGUCCCCCUCCGCCUUCCUGGAGCCGUACAGCCCGGCCGUGUGGGUGAUGAUGUUCGUCAUGUGUCUCACCGUGGUGGCCGUCACCGUCUUCAUCUUCGAGUACUUCAGCCCCGUGCGCUACAACCGGAGCCUGGCCAGCGGCCAGCGCGCGGGUGGCUCCACCUUCACCAUCAGCAAGUCCAUCUGGCUGCUGUGGGCUGGUGUCACCUGUUUCCAGCGGCCCCAGGAGCAGUACCCCCCUCUGAAGUUCGGCACGGUGCCCAACGGCUCCACGGAGAAGAACAUCCGCAGCAAUUACCCGGCCAUGCACAGCUACAUGGUGCGCUACAACCAGCGCGGCGUGGAGGACGCGCUGCAGCACCUCAAAACCGGCAAGCUGGACGCCUUCAUCUACGACGCGGCCGUGCUGAACUACAUGGCCCGCAAGGAGGAGGGCUGCAAGCUCGUCACCAUCGGCUCGGGGAAGGUCUUUGCCUCCACCGGCUACGGCAUCGCCCUGCAGCGGGGAUCGCGCUGGAAACGCCCCGUGGACCUGGCCCUGCUCCAGCUCCUGGGGGACGACGAGAUCGAGAUGCUGGAGCGGCUCUGGCUGUCGGGGAUCUGCCACCAGGAGAAGCUGGAGGUGAUGAGCAGCAAGCUGGACAUCGACAACAUGGCCGGGGUGUUCUACAUGCUGCUGGUGGCCAUGGGGCUGAGCCUGCUCGUGUUCGCCUGGGAGCACCUGGUGCACUGGAAGCUGAGGCACCUGGGCACACCUGGGCGGCUGCGCUGCCUGCUGGCCAUCAGCAGGGGCAUGUACAGCUGCUGCAGCGCCGAGGAGCCCCCCACGCCCCCCCCCCACGCGCUCCGCGCCCCCUGUGACCCCACAGGUGACACUGUGACCCUGCAGGUGACCCCACAGGUGACCCUGUGA